GCCAGAAUGCGAAACCACGGCGAAACUGCCGGGGAUCGUAUCAAUAUUCUCUGCAGCAUCGCCUCUCUUCGACACCCGUGUACGCGCCAAUAACGUGUCGCCGUGUUUCAAAACGCGGAGGUUGCAUUGUCGUUAGUCAGCUUCGAGAGCCUUUCUCGAGACAUGCGGCACCAACGGUGAUCUCGUCUUCGCCCUGAAAUCAGCUGGAUAUCGACAGCCAGUUCCCACCACGGUGCCCUGGAAAAGACACAGCGUUAGAGCGGUGGGCCUCUGUACGUGUGCGAUACCAUGGAUCGACUUGCCGAGUUCGGAGAAACCUGGGACCUUCUCCUCGCCGAAGACCACAUCGUGCUGAAACUUGCAGAAUCGUGGCCACCGGACGUCCCGCUCCCGGAAGGGUGUAAGCUGGAAAACAGCGGUUUCUCGCUGGUCACGAACCAGGAGUCGCUGGUGGCCACGAAGCAAGUGCUGCAGCUCAGGGUGAGAGUCUCGCGGGCCCUCUUCGCCGGGUGUGCGUCGUUCGAGUCCUCGAAGCCGUUCUGCACCGCUGCAGGCGAACUGCUUAGAGACGCCGAAGAGUUGUGCAUUGCGCACAACAGGAACAAAGUGUUCGGGCUCAUCCGCACGUUCCCAAAUGUCAGGGUGCUCGCCCUGCCGCAUGACCUCUGCAAACACGCCCUCGAAGAGGACGAGCCGACCGCGCACUGGUCACCGCCGCUGAUGACCGAGUGCAGUCAGCUGACGCAGCUGCUGGGCAACGUGGAAAGUCUGGGCAGUGCAGGCCUCAUGCUCUCCAAAGAGACCGUAAUGGCAGUCUUGCGAACUUGUCCUCGAGUGUGCCGUAUUGACUCCGACUUUGUCAUGGAGGCAUUUCUGCAGCUGAACGGCUUGCCCUGUUUGACCGCGAGUCCUUUCACCCACCUCGCGCUGUACGCUGCGGUCAUCGGCAACGAGCAACACGUGGCCCCAGCGGGGCCGGAUGACGUCGCUCUCGCUGCGAGAACGUUUCCUCUCGUCGAAAACUUGGAGGUGCUCGUGAGAUCAUUAGAAGCCCUGGACGGGGUGUCGGCGUUCCGGCACGUCCGCAGCCUCUCUGUGGCACUCGGUCCUCCCGUCGUCUACGCCAGCGUGCAUUCGGAACUGCAGCGGAUCCUGCAAAAUUGGCCGCGUCUCGAGAAGCUCACCCUAGAGUUCUGCGGUGGCGUGCGGCUGUCGGAGAUUGCCAGGUUGUGCCCGCGUGUCAGAAGCCUGCGCCUCGCCUACUGCAGAUGGCACAAAGCGGACUCCCCGAUAGCAGCCGACGCGUUCCCCACGCUCGAAAGCAUCGAGUGGAGCAUGCGCAUAUCCGAAGCUGCCUUUGACGCGCUAUUCUUGGCCACGUGCAGGAGGAUUCGCACAUUGAAAUUGUACGACGACAACAGCUGCUGCCAGUUUCUGCACUUCUGUGUCCGGCGAGGCCAACAUGCGUAUUUCUCGCGUCUCGAAGAACUGCUCCUGGCCACGGACUUGCCCAUGCGCGAUAUGAGACUAGAGCCGGAGGUACUUCACCGCGUGCUCAGGGUACUGCCUGUACUUCGACACCUGGCCACGGACAGCUACGACCUGAGGCUGUUCUUCCAGAACUACUGCGUUCCGCACGACCGGGUGUCCUUAUCCUGGGCGGCGUGCGUACUCUGUGCCAUCCACGGCAAGGAGAUCCCAAGCCGUGAAAAAGCGGCGACUUUCGCGGCGGAAGCAGCGGCCAUAAAUGACCAUACCUGUUUGCUUGUAUAAUGAGAACGUACAAAAAAAGAAGACUGAGAGACUCCGGCGACCUUUUGAUUUCUUAAACUAAAGUAAUGUCAACAAUUAGUUGUGCGAAAGCUCCGCUUGCGGCUGAUGGCGACCAAACGUGGCCGGCCAAUGGCAAAGAGCUCUUAUGAACAGUAAGCCUUGUACCUCCGUGCUGUUUAUUCACCAACUUUCAUUAAAGGAUCAAUGUAAUUUUCCAUUCAGAA